AAACACCCUGUCGACGCUUUGAUUUCUCGUUAAAUCUUGAUUUUCGCGCAGGAGGGGUCUAUCGAAAGGUCACCGACCUUUCGUCUUAAUCAUGGACCAGUCAAACAGGAGCCAUCGCCCUGCGAAGGAGAAGAAAAAGUAUGAAGGCUCCAAUCCGAAAGCCUUUGCAUACGCGAAUCCCGGAAAGUUGAACCGACAGGGCGCGCGAUCGGAUGAUAUCAAAGAAAAACGACUCCAUGUACCCUUGGUCGACCGUAUUCCCGAAGAGGCGCCGCCUCUCAUUGUUGCGGUGGUCGGGCCCGCGGGGGUCGGGAAAACCACGCUCAUCAAGUCUUUGAUUCGGCGGUACACGAAGCAGUCCUUGAGCACAAUCCAGGGGCCGCUGACUGUCGUCACAUCUAAGCGACGACGAUUGACCUUCCUCGAAUCUCCCUCGGAUUCGCUCGCGAGCAUGAUCGACAUCGCCAAAAUUGCGGAUAUCGUGCUUCUCAUGAUCGAUGGCAACUAUGGCUUUGAGAUGGAAACUAUGGAAUUCUUGAAUGUUCUGGCCUCCAGUGGUAUGCCAGGUAACGUUUUCGGUAUUCUUACGCAUCUCGACCUGUUCAAGAAACAGAGUACUCUACAAGCCGCCAAAAAGCGGCUGAAGCACCGUUUCUGGAGCGAGCUGUACAACGGCGCAAAGCUUUUCUACCUUUCCGGUGUCGUUAACGGCCGCUACCCCGAUCGCGAGGUGCACAACCUUUCCCGUUUCCUCUCCGUCAUGAAAAACCCUCGGCCUUUGGUCUGGCGCAACUCCCAUCCGUAUGCGCUUGCGGACCGAUUUUUGGAUAUCACACCGCCCACUGAAAUCGAAGAGGACCCGAAGUGUGAUCGGACCGUCGCCCUCUACGGAUACCUCCGAGGCACGAACUUUCCCGCCUACGGAGCCCGAGUCCAUGUCCCUGGUGUUGGCGACAUGACGGUGGCCGGCAUUGAAUCUCUUCCUGACCCGUGCCCGACACCGUUCAUGGACCAACAGCUUGCUAAAGAGGGAGGGAAAGCGAGCAAGCGUAGACUGGGAGAGAAGUCAAAACUACUCUUCGCGCCUAUGUCAGAUGUUGGUGGUGUUCUUGUUGACAAGGACGCUGUCUACAUUGACGUCAAGACGAAUAAUUUUGAACGCAAUGAGUAUGACUCCGAUGACGAGGACCGCGGCCUUGGAGAGCAGAUGGUUCUCGGUUUGCAGGGCGAACGAAAACUGCUCGGUGAAGCCGAUGGCGGAGUUCGCCUGUUCAGCGGCGGUGGAGCAAUCGAUCAUCCCGAUGACGAGGAUGAGAACGUUGGAAGGAAGCAUAAGAGAUCAGUACGGUUCUUGGAUGGAGAGGACGAUCAAAAGGUAUCAUCCGAAGACGAAGGAUUCGAAAGCGCCGAUAACGAGGAAGACGAAGAUUUGGAUCAAGAUGAAGCGGAGGACAGCGAUGAAGAUGACGCUGAUGCGUCAGCACCUGCCGACUUCGAGGCCUCUUUCAAGGAGAAGCAGGAUGGCAAAGUCCGCCCCGACCAGGCAGACAUCGAGUUCGCGGACAGUGAUUCUGAUCUUGGCUCCGUAUCCUCUGUUGAAGACCAAGACUUAGAGGACGACGAAGACGAGGACGACGAAGAUGAUGUUGACGAGGAUGAAGGAGCGCUCCGAUGGAAAGACAAUAUGUCCGACCACGCUCGCGCCCUCCAUUCGAAGCGCCCGAAGUAUCGCGUCGCCGACCUAUCCCGUAUGAUGUACGACGAAUCCAUCACACCCACCGACGUGAUCCGAAGAUGGUCUGGCAAGGACGAUGAUGGCGAAGCAGAAGAGGAGACAGAUGAAGAAGAAGGGGGGUUCCUCAAGAAGACAAAUGCCGAAAAACACGAGCUAUCGGAAUUCCGCGCUGUUCCUGAGUAUGACUACGAAGCGUUGGAGCAGAAAUGGCAGGACGAUGAUCUGAUCGAGUCGUUACGGGCCCGAUUCACCACUGCCAGACUCUCCGGGGGGGAUGACGAGGAUGAUUCGGAUGUCGAUGACGCUUUUGAUGAAGAUGAUGAAGGAGACGGUGAUUAUGAAGAUUUGGAAUCCGGCGAAGUGUUCAACGGAAUUGAAGACGGAAGCGACGGUGAAGAUGAGGAAAAAGAGGAGGAGGGCCCUACCGAUCUGGACGCCGAGCGUGAGCGCAAUGCAAAGAAGAAAGAGGAGUUGAGAUUACGUUUCGAGGAGGAAGAUCGGGAAGGAUUCGGAAACUCCAAAGACAAGUCCCGACAAGAGGGCGGAGGGGCCGAAGAUGAAUUCGGUGAGGAUGACUGGUAUGACGCGCAGAAGGCCAAGCUCCAGAAGCAGCUCGACAUCAACCGCGCCGAAUUCGAUUCUCUUGAUCCUGCGUCCAGGGCUCGUGCCGAAGGGUUCAAAGCGGGCACUUACGCUCGUAUUGUCCUGGAGAACGUCCCUUGUGAAUUUGCCACCAAAUUCAACCCUCGCUUACCGGUGAUUGUCGGUGGACUGGCACCCACGGAAGAUCGAUUUGGAUACGUUCAAAUCCGUAUCAAGAGACACCGUUGGCAUAAGAAGAUCUUGAAGACCAAUGAUCCUUUGAUCUUCUCCCUCGGCUGGCGUCGAUUCCAGACCCUUCCCAUCUACAGCACAUCGGACAGUCGGACGCGCAACCGCUUGCUUAAGUACAGUCCGGAGCACAUGCACUGCUCCGCGACCUUUUAUGGUCCGCUGGUUGCGCCAAACACCGGAUUCUGCUGCGUGCAGACGCUGUCGAACAAGACGCCCGGUUUCCGGAUUGCGGCUACGGGCACCGUUUUGAACGUGGACGAGCAUACCGAGAUCGUCAAGAAACUCAAGUUGACCGGUGUUGCCUACAAGAUCUUCAAGAACACGGCUUUCAUCAAAGACAUGUUCAACUCGUCGCUUGAGAUUGCCAAGUUCGAAGGCGCAUCGAUCCGCACGGUAUCUGGUGUUCGUGGUCAAAUCAAACGCGCCUUAGCCAAGCCGGAAGGGUGCUUCCGAGCGACCUUCGAAGACAAGAUUCUCAUGAGCGACAUUAUCUUCCUGCGCGCCUGGUAUCCGAUCAAGCCCCACCGGUUCUACAACCCCGUGACAAACCUCCUCGACCAGGGCGAGGGAGAGUCCGAUGGCGACGCAUGGAAAGGCAUGCGCCUCACGGGCCAAGUCCGGCACGAGAAGGGCAUCGCCACGCCCCAGAACAAGGAUUCGCGCUAUGCCCCUGUUGAGCGUCCUACGCGGAACUUUAACCCGCUCCGUGUGCCUCGACAGCUCGCUACCGAACUUCCGUUCAAGUCCCAGAUCACCAAGAUGCGGAAGCACAAGGACCAGACGUACAUGCAGAAGCGUGCUGUGGUUGUCGGCGGCGAAGAGAAGAAGGCGCGCGACCUCAUGCAGAAGCUUACGACCCUGCGCGGCGACAAGCAAGCUAAGCGUGCCGCGAAGCAGGAGGAGCGCAGACAGGUCUACCGUGCCAAGGCGGCGGAAAGUCUGGAGAAGAAAACCGAGCGUGAAAAGAGAGAACGCGAUGAGUACUGGCGUCGCGAGGGUAAGAAGCGCAAGAAUCCUGAAGAUGGUGGCGGUGGAGGUAAGAAGCGCAGGUGAAGAUGUGAUGUCGGAAGGAUGGAGUGAUACCGCUUGCUUAUACAUAUUACGUUACUUACCGGUUGUUCGAAAAGUUGGGAGACAGUGUCCAUAUGUAUCUAGAUACUCUGCAUGGUAGAUGGCGUUUAAAAAU